GCGGCCACAGAACACCCUAACUUCUUUCCCUUUCCUCGUACGAGCAAGCAAGUGAGAAAAUGCUACCCACCGCCCUGCCGCGCUUAGCGAUCGCCAUCGCGGUCGCUCUUUCUACCGCCCCCGCGGCCGAGGCCUCCGUGAUAAGCUGUCCGACCGACGCGAUCCAAGACCAACUAGAUCCGACGCUGCGGCAGCUGUGCCUGGCCAUCGAGCAGGCCGUGGAGGAUCUGCCCAGGCAACCAAUGAAUGCAAGAAUCGAAGACCCCAAUAAUAUGAUGACGAUCAAGAGAAAUGAUGACAGCAGCAAAAUUACCAGAGACCACGAAUUCCUGAGAUUCGGCAGAAGAUUUGGUUUAUAAGACACGUCUUUGUGACUUGUGCAUAAUUAUCCUCAUGUAUGUGCUUAAUCUUAAUUAAAGAUAUGUUUA